AUGGAGGGUCCGAAUUUGGGCUCUUUAAAGUACACUUGCAACAGUGUCAGCUGUUUAGGAAAUUACAGUACCAUUUAUGCGGGCUUGAUUAUCGAUGCGGUGCUCGAUUCAGCUAUUUUGAGGGCGAAACUCACCAAGUUGGUUGGAUUAUGGCCAAUCCUCGGCGGUGAUUUGAUCCAAGAUACAAAACCAUGGUCCUUCACCUGUGGUUCUACUGUCGAUUACGCCACCAGGGAUAUUGACCAUUCGCUGGCCACCUAUCUUCCAAUCCAGCACAAACAACAUAGCAACGAACCAACCAUGAUGAGAAGCCCGGAAAUAUCGGCAGUGGAUGAGAAAUUCAUAUUCGACGUCCCUCCCAACCUUGCAAAUAAUUUCCGCCUUCGUGUUACUCUGCUGCGAGAUGCUACUUUGCUCUGUUUUGGAAUUGCGCAUCAUAUUUGUGAUGGUAAUGAUUGCUGUGAGGUGGUCAAAGCAUUUUGCGAUCUAUUGUCUGACAAGCCAAUUCCUUUAUUUGCUCUUCCGCCUGAUGCUGGGGAUGUCCGAAUGUCUGAUCUGAUGAAAGUCAAAAAUGAGUGCACCGAAACGGAAUCCAGUUUACACUACCAGACCCAUGCGGAGAAUUACGCCAUUGGGAUAUUCAAGCUCGCAAUGACUGUGUGGCGCGUGUUGCUAACGAUUCUUGCUGUGAAGCUUGGAUUCCUCGAGGAUCUCACAACCAAGUUUAUAUCUAUUCCAGGAACAUGGGUCGAAGAAUUACGGAUCAAAUCACAGAUGGAGCUGAAAUAUUGUUCCCCCGAGGUUCAACUCACACGAAACGAUGUUAUCGCUGCAUGGUACUUGAAAUCCGUUUAUUCCCCUCAGCCUACGGCUACAUCCCCUAAUCUAGUGGACUACCUUGGGAUUAUCAACUUCCGUCGCUUCCUUGAGCCUCCAAGAGCUGGAACAUACUACAUCCGGUGUAGUGUUGGUGCCCUCCGGUGUAAAUUCACUGUUCAGCAGCUGAAAGAACAGUCAGUUGCUGAGAUUGCACGGGAUAUACGCCUCACAACACUGCAAUAUACAUCCACCGGAUCUGUCCAUCAGAGCCUUCGAUUCUCAGAAGAUCAUACAGCUAAGACUCUCACUUUACCGCUGCGUGGCACUGGAAACAUAGGAUUUGCUGUGGUGUCCCAUUGGACAACAUUCGAUUUUGCAAGCCUUGAUUUCUCCGCCGCCAGUCGUAGUGGCCAAAAAGCGCCAGUCAUAUUCGUCAAUCCUAUGAUUGUAAACACAUGGAACCUCACGAUAGCACCUGUGGCUGUUGUCACUAAGAAUGGGUCUGGAGGCUACUGGAUUCGCGCUACCAAUACACCAACUGGCUGGGAACAGUCCAGCCAGUCUAACAGCAUGGAAAGUCUGUUCCCUGCGCAAUAA